UACAGCCUCCAGGAGUUGUGUAAAGCCACAGUCAGAUCUGCCAUGUCUGUCUAGCCCGAGAAACUGCGAAUAUUUGCACUACUGCGUAUGCCAGCCCAACAGUUGAACCACACCAGUUAACCUUGGCGCUGCAGAGUCCAGCAAGAAGCUUGUGACGCCGUAUUCGAGACACAUUAUUGUUGUUACCCCUGGCUUGCGCUUGACACUUAUAUUACUGUGGAUACGCUGUAAUGCGGUCUCGGAGCUCCGCGCCAACUUGUUCGUUCAGCUGUGUAUGAAUUAUUACAGAGGUACCGUAUUAUUGCAUGGACCUUGGACCUGAACCCUCAUAAACUCGCCGGCCCCAUUCUCACGGAGCUGCCAACAGACGACAAUCCAGGAGAAUAUCAUGAGGCAAGACUAAACGAAUAAUACGUCAAUGAGAAUUCUAUCGUGCCGUUAAUUAGGAACAAGAGUACCGCUCCUCCUCCUCCUCCUCGCCGCAAGAUACAAGCCGCCGAUAGACACGCCCACUAAUAGAUACCACGUUGGUUGAUAUCGUCCCUCCCCCACAUAACUGUGCUCGAGCGUUGCUUUUCGUGAACGGAACAACUUGCGUUUCUGCUCAUUUUGCGCGCAGAGGCAGUGGCGGCACACUGCGACAGUAUAUAUAUCCAGAUUGAGCUGUUUAUUGGGGUCUUCUAUGUUGUUGCGUCGUUUGCAUUUUGAGAUGUCCGCCUUCCGAUAGCCAACGCCAAUCAGCAUGGCGUCGCCGAACAACAACAACAACAAGGACAACAAUAACAACGACAACGGCUACGACCCGCGGAAUUAUGGACCCGGGCCUUCUCCCGUUGACCAGUCGAUCCCCUUGCAAGACCUCUCAAGACCUCCGGAUAUUGCGACAGCAGGUGUACCAGACCGGCGACGCAGAAGAACUAGCAGCAGCAGCAGCACUGCAGGUCGCGAGGGAUUUCCUGUCCGGAGAACGUCGAUAAUAGGGCGCAGGGGUAUUGGGAGGAGAUAUGAACGGAUAGCGGAGGAUUCCCCAAGUCCGCGCGAGCGGAGUGGGAUGGAUACUUUUCAUACGGUCAAUUUGUCCAGCGAUCAUCUGCACCAUAAUUCCCCCAUAUCCCUUGCCGAUGGAGGCCAAGAGUUCUCUGCUGGCGCCCAUCACAGUUUUCAGGAAGCUAUAGGCUCUGUUGGAUUGAGCUUUGAUGGACCAGCAACGAUACAUUUCUCGGGUCGGGAUUCAGGUCCACAGCGCUCUUACCAAGCACAUGUGAGGCACUCCGAUGACUCGACUCCGUUCCCCUAUAUGGGCAGCCAGACCCCCAUUGACGAGGAAAAUUACAUGUCGCCUAUUGAUACGAACGAAAAUGACACAACGCCUCUUACGGACCGGAGGUAUCAACAACCCAUUGAUGGUGCCUCCAUUUCACAUGGCCAGCGACAUGACAGGCCGAGCGUGCAUUUCGCAAGCGAGCGGACGGCCGUUGGGCCGCAUCUAGUCGAUGACCUACCACACUCGGAAGAAGGGAAUAGUAGGAUGCGGAGUGGCUCCGGCGGUCGGAAUCGACCAGGUCGCCGGUCGCGGCAGCUUGCGCCAGCUCCCAAUUCUGCGUUGUCAAGAGCUGGCUCGAUGAUGAGAAUGAUGUCGCAGCGUGUGGUUAAUAUCAGUAAUGAACCGGAGAUUGUGGACCAGACGCUUCGGCACAAAUCGUCGCUUAAGCAGGCUCGCCUUGAAGCUCCACCGUCACUACCCGCAAUGACAGAGUAUGCUCAUGACAUAUCAACGCCGGGUUUAGACGAUGGUUACCCACCAGAAAAGCGCCCGUCGCUUUUCUCUAAACUGCGAGACCCAGAUGCCUACCAAACGGAGGAAAACCCGCUCAAGGGCAAUUCGUUGGGUAUCUUUUCUCCGAACAGUAAACUGCGGAGAGGGUUGCUGGAAAUCCUCAUCCACCCUGCGGUAGAACCGAUAAUUCUCAUCCUCAUUAUCAUCCAGACCAUACUUCUAGCUAUUGAAUCUUCGGUAUACAAAGGCGAACGGGGGAGUCGUUGGGGCACUCCUGCUUUCGACUACGCGUUCCUCGUUCUUUUUCUCAUAUAUACACUCGAGAUCAGCGCGAGGAUCAUUGUAUCUGGACUUAUGUUCAACGCCGAUGAAUAUAGUACUUUGGAUCGAUCGUUGGGUUUAAGAAAAGCUUUGGUCGCAAAAGGGAAGGAUCUCUUGAUGCCACAGCGAGGGUUAUCCACAAGGAAAUCCGGCAACCCGACCGAACCUCAAAUAUCCGUACUAAGGUCGUUCACGGGUGCUCAAAAUACCGCAGACCGAUCCGGGCAUUCUAGUUCCCUGCAGCGAUAUCGUCUUGCGCGGCGUGCGUUUUUCCGUCAUUCCUUCACCAGGAUAGAUUUCCUUGCUGUUGUAUCAUAUUGGAUAUCGUUUGUGUUAUCAAACCUAUCUCUCGAGUCGCAACACCAUCUUUACGUAUUUCGAAUGCUGAGCUGCCUUCGCAUUUUGAGGCUUUUGGGUCUCACCAGUGGUACUUCCGUCAUCUUCCGAAGUUUGAAAAAAGCCGCCCCUCUACUCGUCCAUGUUGCUUUUCUCAUUAGCUUUUUCUGGCUCCUGUUUGCCAUUGUCGGCGUCCAAAGCUUCAAGUCCAGCAUGCGCCGGACUUGCGUCUGGGUUGAUCCUGAGAACCAAAGCAACUUCACACUGAAUGCUGCGCCCGAUAACGUCCAAUUCUGUGGAGGGUAUCGUGAGCUUGGCACUGGUGCGAGCAAGCCUUGGGUUUUGCCUGAUGGGACAGCCGGCGCGGCCGCCCCGAAGGGUUACCUCUGCCCUGAGGGCUCUCUCUGUGUACAAGGCAGCAAUCCAUAUGGUGGAACUAUCAGCUUUGACGAUGUUGCUCAUUCCCUGCAGCUCGUUUUCGUAGUAAUGAGCUCGAACACUUUUACCGACAUCCUUUACUAUAUGACCGACACUGACUACCUUGCCGCUGCUUUGUUUUUCGUCUUCGGAUUCAUAGUCCUGAGUUUGUGGCUUGUCAACUUGUUAGUUGCUGUCAUCACCUCGUCAUUCCAAGUUAUUCGGGAAGAAAGCAAGCGCAGCGCGUUUACCAGCGAGCAUAUAGACGAGAGAGAGUUCGAGGACGAUACUCCUCGCAAACUACGUGGACUGAAACUUUUAUACGAUCGAACAUACUGGCUAUGGAUUGCUGUGAUUACCUUCGGUCUUGUGGUUCAGGGUCUCAGGAGCUCUUCCAUGGGGCCUCACCGGCGAAAACUUAUCGACAGGACGGAAAUACUCGUCACCAUUAUUCUUGCCGCUGAAAUAUUCCUACGAUUUGCGUCAGACUGGAGGAACUUCUUUAAAGGUGCCCGUAACUGGGUCGAUUUGGCGCUCGCGAUAAUUACCUGCAUCAUUAUAAUACCGCCAAUACGCUAUUCCGGCCGCACGUAUGCUGCGCUAUCAAUAUUCCAGGUAUUGCGUAUAUAUCGCAUCGUUCUUGCAUUUUCCGUGAUGAGCGAUUUGAUCAAGACGGUUUUCAAAAACGUAGUUGGUUUACUCAAUCUCAUCAUAUUCGUGUUUCUCAUUACCUUUUUGGCGUCAAUAUUCGCCGUUCAGUUAUUUCGGGGCCAGAUACCUUCAGAGGAUAUAGGAGGCAACGAGAUUCAAAUUACUUUUUUCGACAUCUACAACUCGUUUCUAGGAAUGUAUCAAAUACUCUCCAGCGAGAACUGGACGGCUAUAUUAUAUUCGGCGGUCGAAUCUACCUAUCCGUGGAAUACAGCUUGGAUCUCGGCAAUAUUCGUCAUCAUGUGGUUCAUUCUGGCUAACUUUGUGGUCUUAAACAUGUUCAUUGCUGUCAUCCAGGAGAGUUUCGAUGUGUCUGAGGAUGAGAAGCGAAUUCAGCAGGUGAAGGCGUUUCUACAGCAGAAGCAGCUUAGUGGGUCUUCUCAGGGCAAUCUUUCGCUGUCAACUAUAUUCAGACUUGGUCGCAAUUCUCGAUUCCGAGACCCGCUCGAUCAUGGGCCUGCGGCGCUUGAAAUGUUACUGAAGGAUGCUGUCGUAAACGAGUUUCUCGAUGAGCAACCACGAUCACCACCUGCAGACAUCCAACCAACGGAAAUUCAACCCGGUCAUCCUGAACAUAAAAACGGCGUUACGAACUUUUUCAGCUCAUUUAAAAACCGAAUUAUGAACCGAGAGCCUAAUCCCUUUUAUUCAAAACUGAAGUUUUCCAAAGUUUAUGACGAUUCGGAUCCAACUGCGAUGGCUAAGGAAGUUCUUUCUGCGUCCGAACAGCGGAAGCGAGCUCAACGCCAAUAUCUCCAAAAAUAUCCUAAUUAUAAUGUAUCAUUGUAUAUCUUCAAGCCCACGAAUCCACUACGACGAUUCUGCCAGCGCAUCGUUGGACCGGGUCGAGGGAGCAGUCGUAUCGAAGGAAUAGAUCCAUACAAGCCAGUAUGGUAUACAUUUUCAGCGUUCAUUUAUGCCGCGAUUGUCGCUAUGGUCUUGCUUGCUUGCAUUGCCACGCCCCUUUAUCAGCGCAAUUACCUCCAAACCCAUAAACCUGGUCUCAGUAACUGGUUCGUUUGGACGGAUCUGGCUUUUGCAAUUAUUUUCACGAUCGAGGCAGUGAUCAAAGUUAUUGCAGAUGGCUUCUUUUGGACGCCAAAUGCUUACUUUCGAGGCUCUUGGGGCUUCAUUGAUGGAAUCGUGCUGAUUACGCUUUGGAUUAAUGUCGUAUCGGCAAUAUUUAACGCUACUGCUACAUCGCGUGUUGUGGGUGCGUUCAAAGCUCUGCGAGCUUUGAGGUUGCUAAAUGUCAGUGACAGCGCGAGAGAAACGUUCCAUGCUGUGAUUAUAUUGGGUGGGUGGAAGGUUAUUUCUGCGGCAUUCGUCUCAAUGAGUUUCCUCGUCCCAUUCGCCAUCUACGGCUUGAAUCUUUUUAACGGACAGUUCAAAUCAUGUAACGAUGAUGACUUUGGGUACAGCUCACUAGACCACUGUGUUGGUGAAUAUAUGAGCUCCCCAUAUGCAUGGGAUGUUCUUGCACCACGGGUAGUUUCGAAUCCGUAUUUCAGCUUCGACAACUUCGGCGAAUCGCUCUUCAUUCUUUUCCAAAUUGUGUCCCAGGAAGGCUGGACGGGUGUCCUAUGGGAGGCGAUGGCAAUAACUGGAGUAAAUCAACAACCUGUGCCCCUCGCAUCUCAAGAAAAUGGACUCUUCUUUGUCGUGUUCAACUUGCUCGGCGCCGUCUUCGUGCUGACACUGUUUGUUUCAGUCUUUAUGCGAAACUACACUGAACAGACAGGGGUGGCAUUUUUGACCGCAGAGCAACGGUCUUGGCUCGAACUACGCAAACAUCUACGACAAAUAUCCCCCUCCAAGCGAUCCAUUGACAAGGAUAGCAGUAAAAUCAAAUCGUGGUGUUACAAAAUUGCGGUCAAAAAGCAUGGACGCUGGUCAAGGUUUAUUACUGGACUUCUGUUAUGCCAUCUACUUCUCCUGGUUCUUGAGUUCUAUCCUGAAUCUGUCUGGUGGGACAGAACUCGAGAUAUUCUAUUCUUGAUUUUCACAAUGUUCUAUAUCGCCAACAUUUUCAUUCGUGUUGUCGGCUUAACCUGGCAGCGAUUCAGCAGAAGUUCUUGGGAUCUAUACUCGAUCAUCUCGGUAUCUGGUACUUUCGUCACGACAAUGCUCUCGGUGGUCCGAUACGAGAAUAUCGUCUUCACACGGCUCCAUAAACUAUUUCUUGUCUCUAUAGCUUUGCUGAUGAUACCUCGGAACAACCAGCUCGAUCAGUUAUUCAAAACUGCUGCUGCUAGUCUGACGGCUAUUGGCAACCUUCUGGCGACUUGGUUCGUUCUUUUCCUGGUCUACGCAAUUGCCCUCACCCAGAUAUUUGGCCUUACAAAGUUUGGAGAAGGGGAAACUGGCAGUAUCAAUUUCCGAGACGUACCGAGGGCCCUUAUUCUUCUUUUCCGCACAAGUGUUGGAGAGGGUUGGAACGAAGUAAUGGAAGACUUUGCCACGAUGGUACCACCUUACUGCACAGCUGAUGGUCAAUUCUUCGAGAGCGACUGCGGCAGUGCUGGUUGGGCUCGUACCCUGUUUAUCUCCUGGAAUAUCGUUAGCAUGUACAUUUUUGUAUCUCUCUUCGUGUCGCUCAUUUUCGAGAGUUUUUCCUAUGUCUAUCAACGAAGCAGCGGGCUGUAUGCGAUCAGCAGAGAGGAGAUCAGGCGCUUUAAACAGGCCUGGGCUACCUACGAUCCUGAUGGAACUGGAUAUAUCUCCAAGGAAGCAUUUCCAAGGCUAUUAGGGGAACUGUCCGGCAUAUUUGAAAUGCGCAUCUAUGACGGUGACUUUACAGUUGGCCGCAUUGUGGAAGACUGCAAAGUCCAUCGCAGGGAAUCGAAUCAAGCGCCAUAUGUUCGAGCUGUCGAUGGAAUCGACUUGGACAAGUUGAGACGAAGGAUUGAUCGCAUCCCCGUCCAGCAAAUCCGCAGAAAACGCGCUCGAAUGAAUGCCUUCUAUGAAGAAGUUCUCGUCUCGGCAGACCCUGAAAAAGGCAUUUCCUUUACUUCUUGCCUCAUGAUUCUUGCUCACUACAACGUGAUCACUGAUAGUAAGAGUUUGAGACUCGAAGAAUUCCUCCGUCGUCGAGCUCGUCUGCAGCGCGUGGAGGAAGCCGUUAGACGAAGUGUAGUAAUUGGGUUUUUCGACACAUUGUACUGGUCCCGAAAAUUCCGCCGCCGCUUCGAACCCCAUCAUGACUCUCGCCUAGUCUCCGUACCACAAUUCGCCGUUCCAGAAAUCUUCGUCGAAGAUGGCGAGCACGAGGAGCAACUGCAGCAACAACAGCAAGAACAACAGCAAGAACAACAGCAACAACGCCAACGCAGCCACUCGCAGCUUUCAGAUCCAACCUUCCCUUCUCCCAUGCUCUCGCCAGACGCACGAAGUCGCUCCUCCGGCGGUUCGGAUGGUCGCGGACACAUGCGCAGUCCACCUUCUAUCGACACAAAUGUCUCGCCAAUGUUAAGAGGCACAGGCUCUCCAACACGUGGUAAUGAGUGGGUGAGUCGAAGCCCCUCGCUGUCUCCGCGCCAAAGCCGCGCGCUAUACGGUUCCACCCCACCUAGUCCGGAUGAUAUUACAAAUCAUCGACCCGAUGAUAGCUCCGUCAGCGUGCAAGGGGUGAUGGAGUCACUGGACAAUUCUGCGUGGGGCGAAAGUAUCCGGCGAAGCUUCACGAUGCGUCGGCCGCAAGGGCGGGAAUAAAUCGCCGAAGAAAAAAAGUCCUCCACCAUUUUUCUUCAUUUCCCCAUAAUCUACUUGGACCUAUUAAGAUCCUAGUCAUGAUCCAUCAUGCUUUCUGACCUCAUUUUUCUUUCCCUUUGCCGUGUCUCAUUUCGUUCCCUUCCUUGCACCCACAUAUAUAUACACCUUAUACACACAAUACCAUUUCUAUGCAUUUUCCUUUGUUCGCCCCCCUUUUUUUUUUCCGUCUCCUUUUCCUCUAGAAUUUUCUCCAGCAGAGUUUGAUAAGACAACAAUGCUCCUACAGAGAUACCGAGAUACCACCAUAUACAUGUAUACAAACACGAUUUUUUAUUAGGGAACACAUACAGAAUAACGAUACACAUGACAAGUUGGAGAAAGGGCUGGGCCGGCAGCUGUCGUCGAAACGAAUUUUGGAUUUUAGAUAUGGGUGAUGUCAGUUGAUGUGACCGGGCCUUGCCUUGAUUUGCAUCCUAUUCUCUUUACCCUCUUUUUUUUUGUCUUUGCUAUUGGUUCUAGUAACGUUUUCUAGAUUUCAAAGGAACGAAAAAGUGGCUUUUGAGAAAGGACGUAAUUAUGCGCAUGCAGCCAAGGAAGGAUGCUGGAUUUUCAUGUUUUGUGUUUUUUUUUUUUUUUUUGAUUUUU